GUUGGACUGUACGGAAAACACAAAAUGACAUUUUGUAAAUACAGGAGCAUCACUUUUGGAUUACGCGUGGCCGGAAAAUGCAGCACGUACCAUCAACUCAUAUGAUCAUGCGCUAAAUCAAAGCGGGAUUUGAGCGUUUAUUGUGUAUUUAUGAUCAAAUAUCAACCGUGAGCGCUGCCUGGCCACACCAUGGGGCUUUGUUACAGUCUGCGCCCCCGUUUAUUUGGGGAUCUAAGUGGAUCCAUUUCCAACUCGGAUUCAGAUCACCAACCUCCCGAUCCGGGGAUGAUGAUGAUGCCGUCUUGCGUCCGGGGAUCCCGACGGGACGAGGACUCUGGGGGGAACAACGGUAAGACAUCAUCCACCUCUCCAUUACGCACCGGGGACGCCGGUAAGAUCCCGGCCGGGGAGCUCCGCCGUGGAGACGCGGACAGAGCCCUUAUCCAAAACGGUGGAGGAGGCGGAGGAAAGCGAAGACUGCAGCUGCUUCACACUCCCAACAGCGCACAAAAGCAGAAGAACUGGGAUAAACUGGUGGUGGAAGAGAAGGAGGCCGAGAAAGAAGCCAAGAAAGUCAGCAAGAAUAUUGACAGGGCCUUGAAGGAGCUCAAGCGGGAAUAUAAACAAACGCAUCGGCUGCUGCUCUUAGGGGCUGGUGAAUCGGGUAAAAGCACUAUUGUGAAGCAGAUGAGAAUUCUUCACGUCAACGGGUUUAACGCAGAAGAAAAGAAACAGAAAAUUCAAGACAUUCGUAAAAAUGUGAAGGAUGCCAUCGUGACCAUAGUGUCGGCAAUGAGCACUUUAAUACCACCCGUUCCGCUUGCUAAUCCGGAGGACCAGUUUAGGAUCGACUAUAUCAAAAGCAUAGCUCCACUUUCUGAUUUCGAUUACACGCAGGAGUUUUUUGACCACGCAAAGAAACUCUGGGACGACGAAGGAGUGAAGGCGUGUUACGAGCGCUCCAAUGAGUACCAACUAAUCGACUGUGCGCAUUAUUUUCUUGAUCGGAUCGACGCAGUGAGACAAAGCGACUACACUCCAACAGAUCAGGACUUGCUUCGCUGCAGAGUUUUAACAUCAGGGAUUUUCGAGACGCGAUUUCAAGUAGACAAAGUCAACUUUCACAUGUUUGAUGUAGGGGGUCAGAGAGACGAAAGAAGAAAAUGGAUUCAAUGUUUUAAUGACGUCACAGCGAUCAUCUUUGUGGUUGCGAGCAGCAGCUAUAACAUGGUCAUUAGGGAAGACAACAACACAAACAGGCUACGGGAGGCACUCGAUCUUUUCCGCAGUAUCUGGAACAACAGAUGGUUACGGACGAUUUCUGUCAUAUUGUUUCUCAACAAGCAGGACAUGCUGGCAGAGAAAGUAUUAGCUGGAAAAUCCAAAAUUGAAGAUUAUUUCCCUGAUUAUGCCCGAUAUACCAUACCAGAUAAAGUAAGUCCUGAACCAGGAGAGGACCCGAAAGUGACAAGAGCCAAGUUUUUUAUCCGCGAUGAGUUUCUGAGGAUCAGUACGGAGAGCGGAGAGGGCCGUCACUACUGUUACCCCCAUUUCACGUGUGCGGUGGACACAGAAAACAUCAGACGGGUGUUCAACGACUGCAGAGAUAUCAUCCAGAGGAUGCACCUGCGACAGUACGAACUCUUGUGAUCUCCUCGCCGGGACCCUCGUGCUCUUUACGAACGUGUCAGCGAACUCCCCUGCCCCGUCUACACCGAAACAAGGCCAAAACCGCAGACGACGAAUACUACUGACGUUUAUACGACCACCUUUCUGUCCUCGAGUUGCUUUUCUGUUUUUAAAUGGUUAUUUGGUUCGGUCGGGUGUAGGACGGGAAUUCUUCGCCCGUGAAUCUUUUAUUUGGAUCGCCUUUAUUUCCGCCAUUCCACAAAGCCUCCGGCUACCUCCUUAUGUUUUGUUAAACAUUAAAAAUUAUAAAGUUGUGUGUGUAUAUACGUGCCGCCUGUCGGUUUAUGAAGAUCGCAUCACCUUGUGACCUCCGCGAGCCCUAGUUUUACACCCUGAACCUUGACGUUCUGACCUUCAGGGCUCUCUGCUGCUUUCCGUGUCCAAACACUGAAGAGCGCCCGCGGACAGAAACAGGGCAGGGUGGGGGGCAGAGGGUUGUCAAACACUGGGAAAAGGAGGAAAAAGACCACGCAGUAAAGUAACGCACUCUUCUUUCACGAGAUGGACACAAUGUAGCAUCACACCAUGAUUUUCUCGGUCCCGCUCGAGGAUGCGGAAGGGGUCGGAGGGUGCGUCCUCGUCAACGGGAAGGGGCGGAGCUUUCACAGCGGCUCUGGGAAGACGAUUAUCGGAGCUCGUUCAUGGAGAUCCCCAUUUCUUAUUUUAGUUUCUUAACUUGUACAGACUGUGCAAGGGUGAUUUGUUUUCCUUUCCUGUACAGACUAUAAAAUGUUAUAUUAUUUUGUACAACUUUAUUGAAAGAGAGUAAAAAAUCUACUUGUAGAUCUUUGUGCCUUGAUUAUGGCUGUACCUGUAAAUGAAGCUGAGAUAUGUUUUUGACUGCGCUGUACAGCUUGAUGUCACCCCGUCGGCAGAAGGGACUGUGGAUGGGAACCUAAUCUGUAGGGUUUCGUUUCUUUCUGUUCGGUUAUUUGUUUAUCUGCUUUGUUUAUAUAAAAGAGUAAAAAAUCUUUAUUAAAAAAAAAAAACAUGAUAAAUAUAGGAACAAAAAUCUUAAACCUGUAUACAUUAUGCAAAUUGAAAAAUAUUGAUCCUCCUCUUACCUGCGGUUAUGAUCAGAUAAAACAGCACCAUGCCUUUCUUUCUAUUUUU